AUGGAUGAAUGUCCACUGUCACUCCCUGGAAAUUCACCUUCUAUGCCAAAUGUACAAGCCCCUCAGACUGAUGGCCAAUCUGAAAUUGUUAAUGUUUCAAUUGAUGUGGAGGAUGACGAGGAUGACGAAGAUUACAAUUUGAGUGAUUUUUCUGAAUCUGAUGAUGAUAUAAUUGAAGAUUUUGGUAUGGAGGAUGAUGGAAUCAAUAGAGCAAUUGGAGGCAAGCAGCUUGAGGGAGUUUGGAAUGGUGAAGGAGAUUCAGAUCAUGGGGAUAGUGAUGAGUUAAGGAGUGCAGAAGGGUCAUCUGAUGAAGAAGGGAAUUCAAGGCCUAGGUUCCCUGAGUUUAACCAGCGCAUUGGCAUGGAGAAUGUACAGCUAGUGAAGGAUCAAAAAUUUGCAUCACAUGUCGUCUUCAAGGAGGCACUAAAGGAGUGGUGUAUUAAAGAAAAACAUGAUUUUGAGUAUAAGCACAAUGAUAAGUGGAGAGUGACAGUUGUAUGUAAAAAAAAAUGUGGUUGGAAGAUACAUGCAUCCCAAACACAAAUGGGAGAUGCCUUUCAAAUCAAAAGUUUUAAAAGCAUUCAUACGUGUGGCAAGGAUCAUAAGAAUAGUAAGAUUUCUUCAAGGUGGCUAGCCAAUAAAUAUUUGCCAUUCUUUAGAGAUGAUCAUACUUGGACAGCAAAUGCAUUGAAGGGUUCAAUGUUUAGGGACCAUGAAGUUGAUAUGACUUUGGACCAAUGUUAUAAGGCUAAGAGAAUGGCAUUCAAGAUGAUACAUGGUGCUGAGGAGAAGCAGUAUGAGAGACUUUGGGACUAUGCAGCUGCUAUUAGGAAGUGGAAUGUGGGUAGCACAGUGAAGAUACAAAUUGCGAAUGAUGUGUUUGAGAGAAUGUAUAUUUGUCUUGAUGCUUGCAAAAGGGGAUUUUUAGUAGGUUGUAGGCCACUUAUUGGGAUAGAUGGUUGUCAUUUGAAGGGGACAACAGGUGGAUAG